AUGGUCCGCCACUCAUUUUUCCAACUCGUGGUUCUUGUCACCCUUUUUCUGCAGGGUCGGUGCAGCCCCUUUGCCCUUCAGAAAAGAGGCGCCUGUGCUACUGAAGACCCCAGUGCAGGUUUCUUGCAUGAAGUAGGCCGUCUCAAGUCGGAUGAAGCCAACCCUGCUGGUUCACAGGCCCGGCAGGCUCCGAUCGAGAUCGAGACCUGGUUCCAUAUCAUCAGCAGCAAGUCAGAGUCCACUGAAGUCACCGAAGACAUGAUUAAUUCUCAAGUCAGUUGCUUCUUUUUCGACGCGCAUCUUAGUGCUAAUUCAUUUUACCUACAGUUCUCCAUUCUACAACGAUCCUAUGCUGACUCUGGCAUCUCCUAUCGAUUACAAGGUGUGACUCGUCAUACCAAUGAUACGUGGGCGAGUAAUUCGGAUGAUAUGGCAAUGAAAAGGACCCUUCGCAAAGGGAGCUACCGAACAUUGAACGUUUACUUCCAAACCAAUCUCCAGGCCUCUCCUGGACAAGCAGGACGCGCUUUCGGGCACAGGGGUGCAGUCACCAACACUGACCUGGCAUCAAGCGUUCUUGGGUUCUGCACCUUGCCUGAUCCUAGUGUCAAUGCCAGUAGCCCAUCUUCUCACUAUGUCAAGGAUGGCUGCAAUAUUUUGGCCAAAACAAUGCCCGGUGGCUCCUUGGAUCUCUACAAUCGAGGUGGAACUGCCAUUCACGAGAUUGGACACUGGAAUGGCCUUUUGCACACAUUCCAAGGGGGAUCUUGCUCAACAGAUAACCCUGGGGACUACAUAAGUGACACGCCACAGCAGUCCACCCCGACAGAUGGAUGUCCAGCACAGAAAGAUUCGUGUCCGGAGUCCCCUGGACUGGACGCAGUCCAUGACUUCAUGGAUUAUUCAUCUGAUGUAUGUUAUGAGCGCUUCACGCCCGGACAAGGGGAGCGCAUGCGGAGCAUGUGGAUAUCCAUGCGCGAAGGGAAAUAG